AUGGCUGACCUAUAUCGACAAAUCGCCACCCUGGAAACAUUGCAUAAAAGAUCCCAACUUGUGACCACAUAUGGGGAAUUGCUACAAGCUAGACGACAACUCAAGGACCUCUUGACGAAGCGCUACUUACGCUCCAUCCAGCGGUCCAAGGGUUUUUUCUACACCCAUGCCAAUAAGGGAGGACGCUACCUCGCGAGAUUACUAAAAGACAACACUCCCCACGCCCAGGUCCAAAUUACGAUUAUCCUCGGGCGCCACCUCAAUACACCCAACCCGAGGAAUUCAGAUCGUACUAUCACAAGCUAUAUAAUCUACGACCCCAGAACUACAAUCAUGACGGAGAAACCGACAACGCCAGGAUCCAGAUGUACCUGCGAAAUGCAGGGCUACGGAAACUACAAGAGGAAACAACGACCGCCCUCGACGAAUUGA